ACAACAGUAAAAGAAGUGCAUGUAAAUUAUGCUAUAUAAUUGUAAAAGUUAUAUAUGAUCUAUUUGGUUUUCUUAGGAACAGAAUAGACUAAAUUAUUCCAUUCAAUCAGCCUGAAAUGUUGACGGAAAAUCAGGAUUAAUAGGAAAAUAGCUAUUCUAUCUGGUCAAGAUGUGUAUAUGGGAAACCAGAUAUGUUUAUGCUUUUACAACAUGAACACAAAGUUUAUUAAAUAGGGAUUAAGGUGUUAUUGGUUACCUCUUCUGAACUACAGUUUAUGAACAUGUAUAGACUAUGUACUAUACUUUGUAUAAAAUACUUUAUAUUUAUAUAUAUAUGUAUAUAUACACGAAAGGCUCACGUUUUAGGUUACACCUUAUUUUAAGGGAUCCUUGUUACAGUGUAAUUAUACAUGUUAGUUCUGAGUAAUAGUAUCAUAUGGUCACGGUGUGGCAUAGGGUUACUUGCAUAUAAUAAUGCAUAGUUUUUGUUGUUGUUAUAAAAGUACACGUAACGUAACAAGAACGCUUUAAAACAAAGCGUUACCUCAUUUUACCUUACAUUUAUCGCAGCAUGAAUACAAUAACCGUGCAUUUACAAUUCACUUGUGCUUUUUAUUACACUUUUGUUCUUGCAUGAAUAAUAGCCUGUAUCCUUAUGGUAAUUAAUUGCUAUAGUUAUUACUACUACUACUACUACAGUUAUUGUUAUUAUUUCUGAACUUAGUUUGGUGUUCUACAGCACUGUUAUCAAAAGAAAGAAACUGGGAACUUCUUACAUGGUUCUCAUAUCGUCUUAUAUUUGAUUUAUGUAUUAUUACUGUAAACAGCGCUCGUAGUAGCGGAGAUUUUGGGGCUGAAUCGCCGCUUCGGGUACUAAUGAUGCGGUAUGAACGGUUACGCUGAAAUGUUUCCGAAUCUUUAAGACCCGGAGGUGGUCCGUCGCUCCAUCUCAUUGAUUACGUAUUUGAAGCCGUCUCUGGAAGCCGGUGGUCAGCGCGUCUUAAUUGACAAGUGCGUCCGGUCUCUCAGCCCCGCUCCACGGGGUGGUGUCGACACAAGUCAACACCUGCAGCCAUUUUACGCUCCGAUGUAAAACAUCACGGUGAUGCCGUGAAUCAAAUCCGUCUCUGAGCAGCCCGCCUGCACCCUUGAAUCCAGCAGGUCAAAAAUGGUGAAAAGAAAGAGCCUGGAUGACAGCGACCAGGAAAACUGCCGGGGGAUCCCGUUUCCGAUCCAGACCUUCCUAUGGAGACAGACCAGCGCGUUUUUGCGGCCGAAGUUAGGGAAGCAGUACGAAGCCUCCUGUGUGUCAUUCGAGCGGGUGCUGGUGGAGAACAAACUCCACGGCCUCUCUCCAGCCCUCACUGAAGCCAUCCAGAGCAUCUCUCGCUGGGAGCUGGUCCAGGCCGCUCUGCCUCAUGUUCUCCACUGCACUGCCAUCCUUCUCUCGAACCGCAACAAGCUGGGACACCAGGAUAAACUUGGGGUGGCUGAAACUAAACUCCUUCAUACUCUGCACUGGAUGCUUCUGGAGGCGGCCCAGGAGUGCCACCAGGAGCCUGGCCUGGGACACGGGUGGUCGGGGGGCAGCAGUGGUAGCAGUAGUGCCUACCUUCAGCCCAACCAGGGUCUCACAGACCGCAAUGGCAGCACAACCGAAGAAAAUGAAUAUGCCCGUGCCAAACUCUACCACAAGAACAUGGCCACUGUGGAGCUCUUUGUGUUUCUCUUCGCCCCCCUCAUUAACCGGAUCAAGGAGUCAGACCUCACCUUUCGACUGGCUGGUGGACUUGUUAUUUGGCAGCCAAUGUGGGAGCACCGUCAGCCCGAUGUUCCUGCUUUUUCUUCCCUUGUCAAACCCAUGCGUAACAUUGUUACAGCUAAGAGGAACUCUCCAGUGAAUAACCAGUGUAGUCCUCAUGAUACCAGUAACCCGUGCCCUGCAGUGGUAUGUGAAUCAGCCCAGCCAGACUCCUCCUCCCCCUCGGUGACAGGGCAGAGCUGUCGCCGUGGCAACUCUGUGGAGAAGGGAGGGUCCUCGCAGCAGGCCUUUGAGAAAGGAUUUUCACAACCAAAGAAUUUCUCAGUCCCCGGUGGCAUCUCUGUAUCACAGCGAGCAAGGUAUGCCACCUAUUUUGAUGUUGCAGUGCUGCGUUGCUUGAUGCAGCCUCACUGGACAGAAGAGGGUGUGCACUGGGCCCUCAUAUACUACCUGCAGCGACUGCGUCAGAUACUGCAGGAGAAGCCUGAGCGCCCGCCUGAGCCCCUCAUACCCCCCUUACCACGGCCCCGCAGCAGUUCCAUGGUGGCCGACCCUUCUUUGGUUAAUACUCACAAAACACAGGAUAUGACUUUGAAAUGUAAUGAGGAAAGCAGGUCUUUGAGCUCUGAGACCUUCUCUAAAGUAUCAGUUACCAACCUCAGGAGACCAGCAGUCCCUGACCUCUCCACUGAGAUGGGCAUGAACAUAUUCAAAAAGUUUAAAAACCGAAGAGAAGAUCGAGAGAGAAAAGGCUCUAUCCCAUUCCACCAUACUGGGAAGAAACGGCAGCGUCGAAUGGGUGUACCUUUCCUGAUGCACGAGGAUCACCUGGAUGUCUCACCCACACGUAGCACCUUCUCGUUCGGAAGCUUCUCUGGACUGGGAGACGACCGCCGCACACUGGACCGAGGGGGUUGGCCUUCCACUAUCAUGGGGAAGUUAACCCGUCGUGGAAGCUCAGAUACUGCCGGAGAUGUGGACAGUCUUGGAGCAAAACAUUUUCACUCCCACCACAACUUGCCUGAACACUCCAACAGUCACAGCGACAAUACCAUCAAAGAGGGUGUUCGUUCCCAGAUCUCCACCAUCACCAUGGCUACAUUUAACACAACUGUGGCUUCCUUUAAUGUAGGCUACACAGAUUUCUUCACAGAGCACAUUAAGAAACUGUGUAACCCCAUUCCCAUCCCUGAGAUGCCGUGUGAGCCGCUGGCCUGCUCCAACCUUCCCCGAAGUCUGACAGACUCCUGCAUCAAUUACACAUCGCUAGAGGACCGAGAAACUAUUGAGGGCACUAACAACUUCAUUCUGAAAAAUGGCAUGCUGGACCUCAUGGCUAUUCUGCGGGCCCUGUAUGCCGUACUCACCCAUGACAUCAGUUCUCGGAUUUGCGACGUGGCUCUCAACAUCAUCGAAUGCCUCCUGCAGCUGGGGGUGGUGCCCAGUGUGAGUAAGAAAGCCUCCAAACCCGAGGACAAAGAGGCGGAGCGUCCAAAGGAGGGAGCCAGUCAGAGUGCGGGUGGAGCUCAGGGGGAGGCGGCAGGAGGCACAGGAGCAGCGCCGAAUGGAGGUGGUGGAGGAGAUGGAGGAGGAGGGGGUGGAGAGAGCCGUGGAGGAAGCAGAGAUGAUAUAAAGAACAACAAGGACAACCAGGAUGGAGACACUUCACUCAGCACUCACAGGUUGGCUCUCACCAUGCUCAUUAAGAUCGUUAAAUCACUCGGCUGUGCGUACGGUUGUGGUGAAGGCCAUCGUGGGCUUUCUGGAGACCGCCUUCGGAUGCAGGCGCAGAAUUGUUUGACUACUCUGUACAAGCUGGAUAAGGUGCAGUUUCGGCAGACUAUGAAAGAAUAUGUUAAUAAGGAUUCGCUCAACAACAUUGUGGAUUUCCUGCACGCCCUACUUGGCUUCUGCAUGGAGCCAAUCACUGACAACAAGGCUGGCUAGAACAACUUCACCACCGGAGGAGACAAGUCUCUGGCCCAGAGCAUGGAGACUGUGGUGGUGGGCUGCAUGUUCAAGUCUCUCAUCACGAGAUGUGCCUCCACUACACAUGAGCUUCACAGUUCUGAGAACCUGGGCCUGUAUUGUGACAUACGUCAGCUGGUACAGUUUAUCAAGGAGUCCCAUGGAAAUGUCUUCCGACGCGUGGCUCUGAGUGCCCUUCUGGACAGCGCUGAAAAACUCAACACCACUAAAAAAACAGACGAAAAGGAGGACACCAAGCCAUCAUCAGCAAAAAAUGACGAGCAAAUCCCAGGAGCGCUUUUAGGAAGGAAAGACUUUUGGAGGAAGAUGUUCAAAUCUCAGAGCGCUGCCAGUGAUACAAGCAGCCAAUCAGAGCAGGAUACGUCAGAGUGCACCACCGCCCACUCCGGCACUACCACAGACCGUCGCUCACGAUCACGCUCCAGAAGGAUUUCACUACGCAAGAAACUCAAACUGCCCAUAGGAAACUGGCUGAAACGCUCCUCUCUUUCUGGUCUGGCUGAUGGGGUGGAGGACCUACUGGACAUCAGCUCUGUGGACAGACUGUCCUUUAUCAGACAGAGCUCCAAGGUCAAGUUCACCAGUGCCGUGAAGCUGUCGGAGGGUAGCGCUAUCGAGUAUGGGCGAGAGGAAGAGGAGAAUUUCUUCAAGCGGCUCGGUUGCCAUGGAUUCCAGGAGCGCUUGGCUGCCAGUCAGGAGGCCAUGAAGAAUAAGAACAUUGUUAAUCUAGGUGCAAUCAGACAGGGCAUGAAGAGAUUUCAGUUCCUGUUGAACUGCUGUGAGCCAGGAACCAUACCGGAUGCUUCGAUUUUAGCAGCAGCACUGGACCUGGAAGCACCCGUUGUGGCAAGGGCCUCGCUUUUCCUGGAGUGUGCUCGUUUUGUGCAUCGCUGUAACCGUGGUAACUGGCCAGAGUGGAUGAAAGGUCACCAUGUGAACAUCACUAAAAGAGGACUAUCUAGAGGACGAUCGCCUGUAGCAGGAAACAAAAGAAACACAAAGCUCCAGUGGAACGCAGCAAAACACUUUUACCAGUGGGGAGAUGCGAUAGGCACUCGGCUGAGUGAAAUUUGCCACUCAGACAGUGAGAGUCCAGCCAACAUCUUGGGUUUUAUCUACGAUGAAGAGAGCAAGAGAAGAGCAAAAAAGGAGGAUGAGGAAGAAGAUUAUCUGGAUGACAACACGGUCAAUCCCACAAAGUGUGGAUGUCCCUUUGCUCUGAAGAUGGCUGCUUGUCAGCUGCUUCUGGAGAUCACCACUUUCCUGAGAGAGACCUUUCCUUGUCUUCCAAGACCCCGAACAGAGCCCCUUGUGGAUUUAGAGAGCUGUCGUUUGCGUCUGGACCCUGAACUAGGCCGUCACCGCUAUGAGAGGAAGAUCAGCUUUGCAGGAAUCCUGGAUGAUGAGGAUGGACACGAUUCUCUGAACAGCAGCAGUCACACCCUCAAGUCUGACACUGGCUGUGAGGAAAAGAAAUCAUCACAAGAGCCACUGGCUCCAAUUAGGAAGAUACGCAUUGGUGGUUCUCGGUUGCUGCAAAUUAAAGGAGCAAGGAGUUUCCGAGUAAAGAAAGGAGGAUCUUUGUCUUCUAUCCGCAGAGCAGGGAGUCUGAAAAGCACUAAGAUGUCCAGACAGGACUCUGAGUCUGAGAAUGACGCAGAAUCGGAACGGCUGCUCUCCCAGAGUAGAGAUACUGUCACUGAUAUAGGGAGCCCUUGGAGUGCUAGCGAACCAAGCAUUGAACCUGAGGGUCCUGGCAGCACGGGGGGUGUGGAGGACAACUACCAUCGCAACAUGUCCUGGCUACAUAUCAUGAUUCUGCUGUGCAACCAGCAGAGUUUCAUCUGCACUCAUGUGGAUUUCUGCCCUCGCUGCUAUCAGCACCACAGUCGCUCUUGUGCUCGGCUCGUCCGCGCCAUCAAACUUCUAUACGGAGAGACAGUAGACAGUCUGAAAGAGAACAGCACUACCGGCAAUAUCAGUGGCCGUGCCAAGAAGAGCAAAGAGUGUUCAGACAAAUCUUGCCUCCGGACUCCAUCCAUGAAGAGACGCCCCACUGACAGCAGUGCUGAGGGAAAAAAAGACACCGGAAUGCUAAAGUACAUCCGCAACCAGGUAAUGAGUCUAUCUCCAGCCCCUUUGUCCUUGCUUAUAAAAGCAGCACCUAUCCUGACUGAGGAUAUGUAUGGAGAUAUUUUGCCUGCAGCAUGGGAGCUCCUGCUGAGUGUGGAUGAACAUAUGGCUGCAGCUGCAGCUGCCCUGUUCCUGCUGUGCGCUGUGAAGGUGCCCGAUGGAGUAACCGAAAUGAUGAUGGCCGAGUUUCAGCAUCAGGAAGCAUGUCAGAGAAUUAACUCCAUUUUGAAAUUCUACACUGUUUGGAGAUUCCGGUACCAAGUGUGGCCUCGAAUGGAAGAGGGGGCUCAACAGAUUUUUAAGAUUCCUCCACCUAGCAUAAACUUCACGCUGCCCUCACCAAUCCUAGGAAUGCCCUGUGUGCCUAUAUUUGACCCUCCAUGGGUUCCUGUUAAUGCAGGCACUGUUCCGGAUGCAAUCAGUGAAGAUCAGUCUAAAUCGUUCUCAGCACGAGCAGUAUCCCGUUCUCACCAAAGGGCAGAACACAUCCUGAAGAACAUGCAGCAGGAGGAGGAGAAGAGGAGGCUUGGUCGUGAGGCAAGCAUCAUCACGGCCAUCCCUAUCGCUCAGGAGGCCUGCUAUGAGCCCACAUGUAGCCCCCCGCCUGAGCAGGAAGAGGAAGUAGAAGAUGUGGUGAACUUGACUUCACGUCGUCUGUCCGUCAGCCCUUCUUGCGCCUCCAGUAACUCCCACAGAAACUACUCCUUCCGCAGGGGGUCUGUGUGGUCAGUGCGCUCAGUGGUCAGUGCUGAAGAUGAUGAGAACACAACAGAACUCACACCAACACAUCACAUGCUGCAGCCACCCCAGUCUGUUUUUCCACCAUGCAUCUGUGCUGCUGUGUUGCCCAUUGUGCACCUGAUGGAAGAUGGAGAAGUCCGGGAAGACGGAGUUGCAGUAUGUGCUGUUGCACAGCAGGUUUUGUGGAAUUGCCUGAUCGAAGAUCCAGCUUUGGUUCUUAGACAUUUCUUGGAGAAACUGACAGUCAGUAAUAGACAGGAUGAGCUGAUGUACAUGCUGAGAAAACUGCUUCUUAACAUUGGGGAUUUGCCUGCACAGACCUCGCACAUUCUUUUCAAUUAUCUGGUGGGCUUGAUCAUGUACUUUGUAAGGACUCCUUGUGAGUGGGGCAUGGAUGCCAUAUCAGCCACUUUGACCUUUCUGUGGGAGAUUGUGGGUUAUGUGGAGGGGCUCUUUUUCAAAGAUCUUAAACAGACUAUGAAGAAAGAACAGUGUGAGGUCAAGCUUCUAGUUACUGCCUCCAUGCCAGGAACCAAAACCCUGGUGGUUCAUGGACAGAACGAGUGUGACAUUCCCACCCAAUUACCAGUGCAUGAAGACACCCAGUUUGAAGCCCUAUUGAAGGAGUGUUUAGAAUUCUUCAAUAUUCCAGAGGCUCGAUCUGCUAACUAUUUUUUGAUGGAUAAGCGUUGGAACCUUAUACACUAUGCCAAGACCUAUGUGCGAGACAUCUACCCUUUCAGAAGAUCAGUGUCUCCUCAACUCAACCUGGUUCAUAUGCUUCCAGAAAAGGGCCAGGAGCUCAUUCAGAAACAGGUGUUUUCAAGAAAGUUGGAAGAGAUUGGCCGAGUUCUGUUUAUCAUCUCACUUACCCAGCGUAUGCCUGCUAUGCACAAACAAUCGCAUGUCUCCAUGCUUCAGGAAGAUCUUCUGCGACUCCCGUCAUUUCCUCGCUCUGCCAUUGAUGCUGAGUUCACGCUCUUCAACGAGCCUCUAGGCAAAGAGCUUUUUGGUUUGGACACUUUACAUAAGGUCCUAUGGAUCAAACUCCUGGAGGAGAUGUUUCUGGGCAUGCCCAGCGAAUACCCUUGGGGUGAUGAGAUUAUGCUAUUUCUGAAUGUGUUUAACGGUGCCCUGCUCCUACACCCCGAGGAUAGCGCCCUCCUCAGGCAAUACAGCGCCACAGCCAUCAACACAGCUGUACACUUCAACCACCUCUUCCUCAGUGGCUAUCAAUGGAUCCUUCCUACUAUGCUCCAGACAUACGCAGAUUAUGAGAGCAACCCACUGUUGCGUCGAGGGAUUGAAUUUUGCUGCAGGCAGUUCUAUAUCCUCCACCGCAAACCUUUCAUAUUGCAGCUCUUCGCUAGUGUGGCCCCACUGCUGGAGUUCACUACUCGCACUAGUACUGGUUUAUCAAAAGGAGUGUCUUCACAGUGUCUUUUCGACCUGCUGGUAUCUUUGGAGGGAGAGACUGCAGAUUCCUUGGAUGCUCUGGAGCUGGUGAAGGCCGAGAAACCUCUCCGCUCUCUGGAUUUUUGCUAUGGUAAUGAGGACCUGGCGUUUUCAAUCAGCGAAGCUAUAAAGCUCUGUGUCACAGUGGUUGCUUAUGCCCCAGAAUCCUACCGCAGUUUGCAAAUGCUGAUGGUUCUUGAGGCUUUAGUUCCGUGUUACCUGCAGAAGAUGAAGGGUAACACACAGACUCUGGAGUCUGCGUCUGCGGCGAAUGAGAUCGCUGCUAUAGCUGCUCUGGCCACUUCUUUGCAGGCUCUGCUCUACAGCGUUGAGGCAUUGACACGACCUAUGACUGCACCUCAGAUGAGUCGAUGUGAUCAAGGCCACAAGGGAGCAACUACAGCCAACCACACCAUGUCUGGAGGACCAAACACCAGGGAUAACCUACACCUUCUGGAGGAGGGUCAGGGUAUACUGAGGGAGGAACUGGAUGAGCGUAAUGCCCGUGAAGAGUUCCGUCGCCCCCGCGAGUCUCUGCUUAACAUCUGCACAGAGUUCUACAAGCACUGUGGUCCUCGUCUCAAAAUCCUACAAAACGUGGCAGGAGAACCCAGAGUCACCGCUCUAGAGCUGCUGGAUAUCAAGUCUCAUAUGAGAUUGGCAGAAAUCGCCCACUCCCUUCUCAAAUUGGCCCCGUACGACACGCAGACCAUGGAAAGCAGAGGACUGCGCCGUUACAUCACGGAAAUGUUACCCAUCACCGAUUGGUCAGCAGAGGCCAUUCGUCCCGCCCUCAUCCUCAUUCUGAAGAGGCUGGACCGCAUGUUUAACAAGAUUCAUAAGAUGCCCACACUCAGGCGGCAGGUAGAGUGGGAGGCAGCUAGCAGUCUGAUCGAAGGGAUAUGUUUGACACUUAAUCGGCAGCCAAUCAUUUCCUUCCUCCCUCACCUGAGAUCUCUAAUCAACGUUUGUGUCAACCUGGUGAUGGGGGUUGUGGGGCCGUCUAGUGUGGCAGAUGGACUUCCCUUGUUGCAUUUGAGCCCAUACCUGUCUCCUCCUCUUCCCUUCAGUACAGCAGUUGUGCGUUUGGUUGCCAUGCAGAUCCAGGCAUUAAAGGAUGACUUCCCACUCAGUCACGUGAUCUCCCCCUUCACCAAUCAGGAGAGACGAGAGAUGCUGCUUAACCUCUUGAUUCCAUUUGUAUUGACUGUGGGCUCAGGAGUAAAAGAUAGUCCUCAUCUGGAGCAACCAGAGGUAUUUCUACUUCUGCAGACAGUCAUUAACAUCCUGCUACCUCCACGCAUUAUCAGCACUUCCCGUAGUAAGAACUUUGUUCUGGAUGCAUCCCCUGCCCACUGCUCCACCCCGGGGACACUGGGAAAGACCUGCGUAGAGGGACUGGCUGAAUCCACCAGCCAAGCAGCUUAUCUUGCUCUGAAGGUGGUCUUAGUCUGCUUUGAGCGACAGUUGGGUAAUCAGUGGUACAAGUUGAGUCUGCAGGUCAAAGAAAUGGCCCUGCGUAAAGUUGGCGGUCUGGCUUUCUGGGAUUUUAUUGACUUCAUAGUGCGCAUAAGAAUUCCAAUCUUCAUUCUGUUGCGCCCUUUCAUACAAUGCAAGCUUUUGACCCAACCAGCUGAGUCUCAGGAGGAGAUCACGGCCCGUCACCAUAUUGCAGAGCAACUAGAGCGUCGUUUCAUCCCACGGUCCCUCUGUAAAAGCUCUCUGUUUGCUGAGUUCAGCAACGAGCUCAAGAUUCUGAAAGAGGCGGUGCACAGCGGUUCAGCUUACCAAGGAAAGACUUCCAUCAGUACUGUUGGCACGUCCACCUCUGCAUACAGGUUGAGUCUAGCCACCAUGUCCCGCUCCAACACCGGUACAGGAACUGUCUGGGAGCAGGAGAGCCAACCCUCACGCCAGCCUUCCCAAGACACACUCAGCCGUGCUGGAUGAGGAGGAGGAGAAGAAAAUGACUCCAUCAGCAUCCCUAGCGUGGUAAGUGAGCACGAAGUUCUCCCCAGGCUCAUUUCCCAGCGGCGUUUCUCCAGUCACGCCACGGCGGCUGCCACUCAGCCCGAACCAGGCAUGAGCACCAUGCUGCCCAGUCACAGUGAACCCAAUGUGCUAGAUGAAUCCCAGGGGCUUCUGGAGGAGGGUAACCUGUCUAGGGUUGCCAGCGUGCAGAGUGAACCAGGACAGCAGAAUCUUCUCAUCCAGCCACCUCUCGGUCGUAAGAGAGGACUUAGGCAGCUACGACGACCCCUGCUGUCUAUACAGAGGGUGCAGGACGAGUCUCGUGGACGGCAGGGAGCCAGACUCUCUACAACCCGCAGGAGCAUUCAGCCUAAGAGUAAACCACUCGAUAGGGCUCACGGUGACCAAAAGAGGUCUGUUACUUUCACCGAGACCCAACAGGAAGCGGCUGGCAGAUCUCCCACUGCCACUCCCAGCCACAGCGGUGGCUUACCAGGGGUCACAGAGGUCGGGAGGCUGAGCCAUGCUCCAUCAGAGUCCUCAUCACCUAGCAUCAAAACGGCCCAGCACAAACCAGCUUGGCCACAGUAUGAGAAUAAAGACAGGAAAGAUCAGGGGAGUGUAAGGAGCAGUCUUUCUCCAACCCCCUCUGCUGCCUCAAGCUCCACUUCUAGAGCCUGCUCCCCUCUUCCUCCUCCCCUCCCCAUCCUGAGCACACCGUCCCGACUGACCCCGACCCAGAUCAGAGAAAGUCCCGAGGACGAAGAGACCACUGGGCUUCUGCAGAACACGGACACCUCCCCUAGCGUAGGAGAGGAGCGCGGCACGGAGAACCCACUCCUGACCUCGCUGCUCUCACCCCACGCUCUCUCUCCUCUCCCCUGUCCCCCGUAGACCUGGAUCUGGACGAGUCUCAUGUGUGAGAACGUCCAGCUUCAGGAGGCCGCGCUAGUUUAACAGGACGUGGAAAAAGAAUCCUGGGAUCGGAUUUCUCGAAUGGCUUAAACUUGAAUUUUUUUUUCCCGUUGGUUUUUGGAAGCUCGGCUCGAGUUAAAGCAUAUUAAGCUAUCACGGGACAUCCUUUGCAAUUAAUAGACAUGUUUAUGAAGCACUGUGCGUAAUCCUACACACCAAUAAAGCCAAUCAACGUUAAUGUACCCUUCAGUCUUUAAUGAUAUAAAUGACGUGAUUUGAAAUCAAAUAUUAGCAUUGUGUGAAAAUUCUAAAAAAACGAUAAAAACAUUAUAUAGAUGUAUUCUAAAUAUUUGUCAUCUAUUAAAGUAUUUAUUUAGAGGAUUAUAUGAAAAUGGAUAUUUAGAAUAAAUACUAUAAAUGCUUUAUUUUCAGAAAUACAAAGACGCUUGUAUCAUAUU